UAAAAUUAGCAUAUCAAAAAUGAAAAAUAAAGAGCAAGAGUAACGUGGGGAGAAUCAGCAGUUAACCCCAUUCAGAAACCAGUUGAGCUAAAUUUGCUAACUACUUGCGAUUUGUUUACCCAGUGUCAGACAUACAGAAUUUGCAUCACAGAAAAACAGAAAAUGCCUAAUUUUAUGUCCGUGCUAACGUUUUGUGAACUUAAAUUCACACAAAUCCGUUUUUUUUUUUUUUUGUAAGCUGUUCACACUAUGUUUUCAGUGUGGCCUAUAUCUGACAUUAUUCUGAACAGAUCACGCUCCUGAACUGACCCGCAUGCGCAGUGGCACACUGUGUCACGUGAUGCGUUCAAACUGUAAAAGGGGACUCCUGUGGUUAGCGGUCCUGAAGUCUCUUAAAACACGGAGAGGUUUGAAGUUUAUGCUUAUGUCAAAUGUUUGAGCCAAAGGUCUAGUAACUCCAGCUUUACCUGAUCAUGCAGCCACCAAGGUUACGCCAUAAAGGGUCCAGUUGCAAAGCACAAAAGCACUGGACUGAGGUGAAGACAUUUGAGUCAGAGAGAGAGUUCUACCUCGAGCGGACUUUAGAAGACACUCGCCUGCCACAGGACACACACCUCUGCACACAGACAAGAGUCAGUGAUGACAUCUCCGAUGCUUCAGAAGGCGGGACCAAGUCUCUCCCAGAAUCCACAGGUGGUCUCAUCACUUCUCUCCAUCCUCUCAGGAUCCACAGCAGCCCGUCUGAACCACCUCGAGCCCCAACGCUGCGGGAGUGUGAGGUCAUCAUACGGCAGCUGUAUAACGCCAACAGUCUUCAGUCUCAGGAAAUUGUCCGCAUCAAGGCCGUUCUCAGGGACAUCGUGUUCAACCGGAAAAUCACCCCAGAGAACUACAUUAUGGCCAAAGCCUAUCUCACUGAUGAGAAAAGCAGAGCUGAGGAGCCGGAGAUGUUUCCAAAGCUUCCUUUUCGCGCCCUGCCCAAAGGACUGGUGGUGUGUCAGGCCAACAUGGCAGAGCGAGUGAUCCUUCCCUCACUCAAACAGAGCCUCAGCAGGAGAACUCGAGCUGUACAGAGGAGCCGCUUAUGGAGAAAAAUACCUUAAAAUGUUCAAUGCUGUAUUGUCCAGACUAUAACACUUCUCCCAGUGACUCUGUUAUUUGCCCAGUUGUAAUCUGCAGUGUAUUAGUGUGUUUACAGGAGGUAUGUUAUUCUGGCAGUUAACUUUUCUGUGGAGCAGGUCUAUUAACUAACUCCAUAUAAAUUGUAAAAGCAGUAAACAAAUAUCAGACUACACCAUCAAGGGGUAAUCCCCUUUAAAGGGCAUAUCCACUGUGUCUGUGUUUUAACAAAGCAUGUAUAGCAAUUGAUUAUUUGAGAAAUGUUAUUUUUCCAUUUUCUGUGCUUGGUGCAUUAACUGAUUUCAUUUCGUUAUAUAUGUUGGCAAUUUAUUGUAAAAACCAAAGGAAUAUCUGUUGUUUCAGAUAGGUAUACAAAAAUAUCCUAUUGGUUAUUUACAAAAAGAUGUUAGCAAUAAGAUAUUGGCAUAAUGUGUGUGUGUGUCCUUACAAAUGCCAGUGAUAAAUAAAUUUAAUAGAAGGGGAAACGGGUCAGCUCAGCCUAAAUUUAACAAGUCUUAAACCAAAUUUGCCAGAAAAUGUUAGUUAGAGUUUUGGAAUUAAACUCUUCAUAUAAAUAUUACUCUUCCUGGAGUAAAGUGU